GGCAAGUCUCGCACAAAAUCGCGUAGUUUCCAAAUCCCGUUCCUCUUUCAACCAGCCUCCAAGAUGCCUACCAAGAAGUCAAAGACCAGGAAACUCCGAGGACAUGUCAGCCACGGACACGGUCGCGUUGGCAAACACAGAAAGCAUCCUGGAGGUCGUGGCAAUGCUGGUGGCAUGCACCACCACAGAAUCAACUUCGACAAAUACCAUCCAGGGUACUUUGGUAAGGUGGGCAUGAGACAUUACCACCUGAAGAGGAAUACCUCCCACUGUCCUACCAUCAACCUGGACAAGCUGUGGACACUGGUGAGCGAGCAGACCAGGAUCAACUACAGCAAGAAGCCCGAUGGACCUGCCCCCAUCAUUGAUGCUGUGCGCGCUGGCUAUUACAAAGUGCUGGGUAAAGGCAAGCUGCCCAAGCAGCCUGUGAUCGUCAAGGCCAAGUUCUUCAGCCGACAGGCAGAGGAGAAGAUCAAGGCAGUGGGAGGAGCCUGUGUGCUGAUGGCAUAAUGAUCCUGCCGGUGUGUUUUUGCAAGAAUAAACUGUAUAAAUGGAAACUA